AUGGUGGAAGAGCAAGCCAAAUCCUUCAUGUGUGGCCGACUCUCCAGAUGCUUCUCUAGCCGCGGUGUCCACCACCACCACGAAGAAGUUUUGGGGAACAACCACGAUUACAGAUCAUUGUCGUUUCGCACGCCUCGCGGUUCUCCUUGCGCCUGGCUCAAAUCGACGGCCAACGAUCUGCCGGAGAUUCGGGAGCGCUGCCGGAAUCUGAUCCAACGGUGGAAGAUCCGGCGGCAUACUAACCAACCGUACCAAUCCUCCGAUUUCAGCUACGAUCUGUCGAGUUAUUCGCUCAAUUUCGAGGAUGAUAAUAGCCGCGUCGACGAUGAGUUUCGCCUUAAGGAUUUCUCUUCGAGGUUGCCGGCGUCGCCUCCUCCGCCACCGUCGUCUGCGGCUAAAUGUGCCUCCGAUUCGGGUGCCUUUGGAAGGGGAUUGAUUGUUGGUUUUUAG